GCAGCACAGCAGCGACGACGCAGGCGGUGGCCCCGGCGACUCUCAACUGCCUCCCUGACCGCCACGACCACCGCCCAAUACCCCGAAGAGUCGUCGCCACCAACGGCAGGAGAAUCUAAGGACCCCAAAACAACCUUCGCGAUCGACUCAAGCUACGUCAACAACUAUGGCGGGGGACGGGCGGCGGGCGGAGCCGGGGAGGGAAGGAUGGGGGAUGUACGUCACACCCCGGGCCCCCCUACGGGAGGGAAGGCUCCGGCUCGCCCCUCAAAAUGGCGGCGGCAGUGACGCGCCUGCGUACGGAACUCCUUCGCCGUCGCGUCACGGCCGGCGGGAAGUGAGGUUCUCAGAAGAGCCGCCAGAAGUGUACGGCGACUUCGAGCCCCGAGUGGCCAAAGAAAAGUCCCCGGCGAGAAGACGGGUCCCGCUAGAAGAGUUCCGGCCUGAUUCUGCGAAAGAGGAAGUGAGAGAAAGCGCCUACUACCUUCGGUCUCGGCAGCGGAGGCAGCCGCGACUCCCGGGAGCCGAGGAGAUGAACACGCGAAGGACCACCCGCCUGCAGCAGCAGCAACAGCAGCAGUCACACCAGUCCCUGCUCCACCCGUCUCCGGUUACGACCAGGAGAGGGUUACGGGACUCUCAUUCCUCUGAAGAGGAUGAACCAUCUUCACAAACUGUUUUAAGCCAAACAGUCCCAAAGAAAACUAUCCAGAGAACACAAGAAACUCCAGUGGUGAGUGAAGAUCCUAUAAUCAGCCUGCGUAGACCCCCUCUAAGAAGUCCAAGAUCUGAAGCCACCGGUGUCCAACAGAAGGUCAAUUUUUCUGAAGGAGGAGAAACUGAACAGGAUGAUCAAGACAGCUCUGACAGUGAUAUUACUACUGUUAAGGUCAGAUCCGGGGAUUCUCUUGAUUCUGGAGAUCAAACCCCCAGAUCAUCAACUCAAUAUCCAGAAUCAUUUUGGCAGUCAUCACAAAGUCGAGACUUCAUAACUCUUGAUAAGCAACCUUCUGUGCUAAGCUCGGGAUAUCAAAAAAAACCUCAGGAAUGCCUUGAACAAACCACAAGAGUAAGGGCUAGGAUGCAAAAUGACAGCAGUCAGAAAUCAGAGCUUGGAAACUGGUCUCCAUCAACCUCCAGCCAACAAGUGACUGGACAACCCAAAAAACCCAAAAGUGCAUCUUUUUUCAAGUUGUGGUGGUGUCUACCCAUUUUCAUGGUUUUUUUGGCUGUUUGGAGUUUUUUGUUCCCUCGUAGUCCUGAAGUAGAAACCACUGCUGUUCAAGAGUUCCAGAACCAGAUGAGACAACUAAUGACUAAGUAUCAAGGUCAAGAUGAGAAGCUGUGGAGAAGGAGCCUUACAUUCCUGGAAAAACAUCUUAAUAGCUCCCAACCUCGGCCUCAGCCUGCUAUCUUGCUGCUCGCCGCUGCUCGGGAUGCUGAAGAAGUGCUCAGGUGUCUGAGCGAACAAAUUGCUGAUGCCUACUCUUCUUUCCGGAGUGUCCGUGCCAUCCGGAUUGAUGGGGCAGGCAAAGCUACUCAAGACAGCGAUAUUGUCAAACAAGAGGUAGAUUGGGAACUGAGCAAUGGAUUCAAGAAUGGCCAGAAUGCUGCUGUGGUACACCGCUUUGAGUCCCUGCCUGCAGGCUCUACUUUGAUCUUCUAUAAAUAUUGUGACCAUGAAAAUGCAGCCUUCAAAGACGUAGCCUUAGUCCUGACUGUCUUGUUGGAGGAAGAGACACUGGGAACCAGUCUAGGCCUAAAGGAAAUUGAAGAAAAAGUGAGAGAUUUCCUCAAAGUCAAGUUCACCAACUCUGACACACCCAACUCCAGCAAACAUAUGGACCCAGACAAAUUGAGCGGGCUCUGGAGCCGUAUUUCUCACUUGGUCCUGCCUGUCCAACCUGAAAAUGCCCUGAAAAGUGGCAUCUGCUUAUAAAGGGUGACAGAUGACAAAAUCAUGUCUCAAGUUCUGAGAAUUUUUCAGACUUUCUAGCCAGAGACGGGAUUCAGAGCUCUUUUUGAAAGAACUGGUUUCUUUUUAAAGGAAAUUAAGUUCUUAUGUAAACAUAGAACAUCUAAAUCAUUUAUUCAACCUAAGUAUCUGUUACUUGAGAGAAUCAUUUCCCUGUUUCCACUGAGAUCUGUGUUAAUGAUCUCUGAGGACUAUAAAUUACAUGCAGUCCCAUAGAGGAUCCCUUUAGAUUCGGGGUUGAAACUUUAUUGCUAUGGUAUGACCAGACCAGGCUGGGGGGGAUUGGGCUCCUUCCUGUGAAUCCUCUCAAUUUUUUAAGUUAGAUUUUUCA